AUGGAUGUGUGGUCUUCACUGCCGUCUAGCUUGUGGGCCCAGGGCCUUCUUGCCCUGGGAUUAUUAUGUCUCACAAAGCUAGGCUGGGAUGUUUUCUUCUCGCCGUUGAGAGUGAUUCCUGGUCCACGUUUGGCCAAGAUCACCGAUCUCUGGCGUGCAUUUCACACAUAUCGGGGCCGUGUGGAUCUGAAGCAUGUCGAGCUGCACCGCAAGUAUGGAACUGCUGUGCAGAUUGGUCCUAAUUGCGUGAGCAUUUCUGAUCCGAAUCUGAUUCGGACUAUCUACUCGACUCGUAAUCCAUGGAAGAAGAGUGAUAUGUAUAGGCCCAAUGAUGUCUUGAUCGAAGGUCAUCGUUUAUCCAACCUAUUCAACACCCAGGAUGAAGAUUGGCAUAAUCAAAAUAUCCGCCACAUUCGUGGCCUCUGGAGUAUGACCAAGGUUCUCGAAUAUGAGCCUCUGAUCGACGAGACUCUCACCAAGUUCGUGGACAAACUAGCCCUGAGAUUCGUCGACGGUGAAAACGCCGGCAAGGUUUGUCCAGCCGAUGAAUGGAUUGGAUUCUUCGCCUGGGAUGUCACCGCAAACUUCAGCUUCGGCCGCCACUACGGUUUCAUUGACCAAGAAAAGGACGUCGACAACCUCAUCACCGACUCCACCGCUGGCCUAAUCUACUUCGCACCCAGCUUUAUCAAAUCCCAGAUCUCCCAAAUCCCCUGGCUAGACAACCUCCUCGACAAAAAUCCCAUCAAGCGCAUCGGCCCCAAACCAACCCUGACCGGCGUCCUGUACGCCUUCAAAGUCGCCGCAGAAUACCAGGCCCAACUAGCCGACAAGCAAACCCCCGCCGGCACCGGCACCGUAGCUCACACGCUGGACAAAUACGUGCAACUAAAACAGACAAACCCGGACGUCGUAACAGACCAGCAAAUCGUCAACUGGCUCAUGCUCAGCAUCCUCGCCGGCGGCGACACCAGCUCCGCAACAAUGCGCUCCGUCCUCUACUACCUCGCCAAAGCGCCAGCAUCACGCGCAAAGCUAGCGGCCGAGCUUUCAGCCGCCGCACUCCCAGCCUCCAAACCCGCGCCCUGGGUCCUAAUUCGCGACCUCCCGUAUCUCGACGCGGUGAUUCGGGAGUCGAUGCGGCUCAACCCCGGUAUUGCGAUGGUGUUUGAACGAGUCGUGCCGGAGGGUGGGUUUACGCUACCGGAUGGACGGUACUUGCCCGCUGGGACGAAGGUUGGAUCGAAUCCAUUUGUGACGGGUCGGGAUUACGGAGUUUUUGGAGAGGAUGCUGAUAGCUUUGAUCCUGAUCGCUGGCUUCGAAGCGAAGGGGAGGGCGAGGAGGCGUUUGAGGCGAGAUUGAGGCGGAUGAAGGAUACUGUUAAUUUUGUGUUUGGGGGUGGUGGUCGGAUUUGUAUGGGGAGGUAUUUGGCUAUGUUGGAGAUUAAGAAGUUGAUUGCGACGCUUUACAACUUGUUUGAUAUCCAAUUGGUUGAUCCCAAGCACGAGUGGAAGUAUCGGGAUGCUUGGUUCGUCUACCAAUACGAUAUGCCGAUGAUCAUUCGUCGUCGUCGUGUGGUUCAAUGA